AUGGUACUACAGUAUGAUGAGAGCGUUCGCAACCUGCUGUAUCGGAGAUCAUGCCAAUACACGCAGGGCGAGCGCUCUGGAGGCCACGUCGAAGAGGCCGCCGACCUCGUCGAGAGGGUGAAGAACUUCGCGAAGCGGUAUCCUGGUAGUAGGACAGCUCAUGCUUGCAGAGCUGAGGGGGGAUGCACCCCCGACGCUAUCGCUGAAGCCAUCCGCUCAACAUGUCGGCAGGCGAGACGCGACCUGUUUGAAGACUCUCUGAGGGAAUGGAGCUCAGAGUCGAGAGCAUGGUUUAUACAACAGAUGGAGGAGGCCAAGAAGCAGAAUGUCGAGACAUACAUCGGCACAGAAGGCACCGAGGGGACCUCCUUCAUCUCCAUGACUCUCCUGGGCAUCUCCUCGAUGUAUGUUCGACAAGAAGACAAGUUGAAAUCGAAGCUUAUGGAACUGGGUCUCAUGGUAGACUCAGUCGAUGGAGUCGACAAGGCCAUCAUGUGGAAAGCACCUUACAGACCUGAGAUAGCACGAGCAGACGACAUCUCAGUCACCGUCUCCUUCCUUCGGAAUGAAGCAGCCAUGGAGCUAUGGGAAGGCAGGAGAGAAUACUGCAUAGACGGCAGAUCGUUCAGAGCCACAGAGGUGAGCAUUGCACAUGACCGGUCCUUCAAGCUUCGAGCCAAGCGAGGACCUUGGGGCAAGGGAGGGAGCCUUGCCGAGCUAUCACAGCUCUUAGCUCUUGGAGGAAUGUCGACGGCCGACAUAGCUCAGAUCUAUCGAUUUCAGCUGCUCUCGCAAUCUCUUGCAGCCGCAGAGGUACAACCACUUGCGGGCAUGCUCGUGCAGGGUCCUGGGCAGAGAGGUCGCAAGGGGCCGAGCCCGAAGACGUAUGUUGCUGUUGGGGCAAGUACUGGCACUCUCCAGCAAAAAGAGCUGGAGUGGGUGCUCAGCUCGCCUUCGACGGCAAGUUGCGAGCAGACCUUGGCCUCGUUCAGAGAGAGCGAGGCGAUGGAGGGGGUACAUCUCACUCUCAUCAGCGACGACGCCAAGCUCAGAGAGACGUUUGCAGUCGAGCUCACAGCCGACACCUUCGUUCCUAGGGGAAAGAUCGCUAAGCAAAGGAGGGCACUCCGCGAGAGAGAUCAUGCGGGGCGCAGCAGCUUCAGAGUACAGAUCAAGUCGAGGUCAAGCAUGAGCACAGGCCGCUUCUCGAGGAAGGAGAUGGAAGCGCUGUGCGGAGGAGGUAACACAUCGAUCACGAGAGUCAAGCGAGCCAUGUUGGAGUUAGCAAGAAGGAUAGGCGUGACGCUGGUCAGCGUCGAGGUCGAGGAGGAUCGUGACACGCUCAGCUGGGAUGGGAGCCUGAUAGCUCUCUCCCUGGCGACCAAGGCAGAGGCUCGACGCUUGAUGGAAGACAUGCCCUUCUACUUGGAAGGGAUCCUGGAAGUCAAGCUCGAAGCGGGGGUACCAGUCCAAUAA